ACCGGUCCUUCUGUAAACUUCCUCACAUCAACAAUCGAUUCAUUAUUGAAACUCAGAAAUGCCAACAAAAGGUUAUAUGUUUGGAAAGAAAAAACGUUACUGUAAGCCCAGAGGACGACAUGCUUCAAAGACAAAUGCACAAUUACAAAGCUCUGUUUUGAAUACAGCUGGAUCUGAAGCAGCAACAACACAGCCUGCAAGUGCAGCUGAGCGAAAAAUAUCCCUAACUGCAGUUACUAACGCUGAUAACACCAAUAAGAGGCUGCCUGAAGAUUUCAUAUACGUCAUGAUGAAUUCAAUGCAAUUGACCACAAUGGUCUCCUUGUUGUGCUGUCCACAUUGCUUUGACAACAAAUUAACUAUGUGCAUCACACAAUCAAAAGGCAUGGCUCAUUUGAUUAAAAUCAAAUGCCUAAAUUGUGAAACAUAUUUGUGGUCCGACUGGACCUCAAAAAAAAGUAAUGAUGUUCAUCUGGAUAUUAAUGUCCGCGCUGUGGCUGCAUUAAAAGAAUCUGGAAUCUCGCAUUCUAAAUUUGAUAGGUUUUGUGGACUUAUGAGUAUGCCCUGCAUGCACAGAAAUACUUAUAACAAUCUAGCUAACAUAGUCAAUACUGCUAUAAUUGAAGCUGGUGAAGAAUGUAUGAUUAGGGCAUCUGCUGUUGUGCAUGGAAGAAACAUUUCACAACCUCUAACUACAGAUGAAAGAAUAAGUUCAACAGGCUGUCCUGUUAUUACAGUUUCUUUCGAUGGGACUUGGCAUAAAAGGGGCCACUCAUCUCAUUCAGGAAUUGGCACAGUUAUUGAUUUUGAUACUGGACUCGUCAUCGACACCGAAGUCCUAUCAAAUUAUUGCCAUGUUUGUGAUUCAAACUCUGCAGAACUAAACUUUGAUGCCUCUAAGCAUAUGUGUCAAAAAAACUUCAGUGGCUCAGCAAAUGCAAUGGAGGCCGCAGCAGCAUCCAAAAUCUUUUCGCGCUCUGUGGCAUCCAGAAAACUUGUUUAUGGCACGAUGCUGUGUGAUGGCGAUAGUAAAUCGCAUUCAUCUGCCAUUACCAACUCAGGAUAUGAUGUAGAAAUCUUAAAAGAGGACUGCAUUAACCACAUCUCAAAAAGAAUGUUUAAUGCUUUGAACAAUUUAAAAAUGUCUAACAAAAAAGAACUAAAUUAUAGGCUUACAAAGCCAAAAAUUGAAAAAAUUACAAAUUACUAUUCCAAAGCUCUGCGCCAAAAUGCUCCCGACAUUCAAAAAAUGAAGCUGGCUGUUAUGGGCUCAUUUUUUCAUAUGAUGAGCUCAGACCUAGAUCAUAACCACAGGUUGUGUCCUGAUGGCGCUACAUCUUGGUGUCACUUUAAGAGAUCAGAGGCACUAAAACAGCCAUAUAAAAAACACAACCAGACCAUCACAUCAGAAAUAGGUAAACUGUUAUUUCCUAUAAUGAAAAGACUAACAGACACAGAUCUGUUAAAAAGAUGUUCUAGAAUGGGAACACAAAACGCCAAUGAAUCUUUUCAUUCCCUCAUUUGGCAAAGAUGCCCCAAAACAGAAUUCGCAACAUUAAAAACGGUAAGGGCUGCGACAUACCUUGCUGUUUUAGCCUUCAAUAAUGGACCUGUUGGCAUCAGAUCAGUUUUUGACAUAUUAGGCAUUCCCUGGACACUAAAGAACAUUUCUUCUAGUGAGAAAAAGCAAAAUGUCAAACUACAGCUUGUUAGAAAAAGAAAAUCAAUCGCAUUAGUGUCCAGGAGAAAAAACUUGAAAAAACGAAGAAUUGAGCAUGAGCACCGGGCAGAGGUUCUAGAAGGUCCAACCUAUCAAUCAGGCCAUUUUAAUGAAUAGUUUUUUGUUUUUUUUAUUAUCUAUUAUGUUGUUUUAUGUAAAUAUUCCCUUUUUUUCAUUUUUAUGGUUACAAUAAAUAUUUUAUAUCAUUUUAAAAACUUUAAAUGCGUUUUUCUCAAAAUAUAUUUUUAGGUGCAUGUUGUCCACAAGAAUCUCAAAAUCUUUAGUUCUGUAUAAGUUAGACUAAUAAUUUUUCACAUGUAGUUUAUUGAUAGUAUAUCAUAGGUAAUAGGCUGCAAAAAUUUUCAAUAUGUAUAAUAAAUUUCAUUAAAAAAUAAAAAUAAUGAUGUGACCUCAGAUGAAAAAUGGGGUCGGAAAAAAAUAAAAAUUUUAAAAAUUCAUAAAAAUAAAACCAGUCAUAAUUUUCAAAACAAAAUUAGCCAGUUACCUAUGGGAUUCAAAUAUCUAUCAGGUGCAAUCAAAAAAUUAAAAAAAAUUUGAGUACUUUAGAAUAUUUUAAGAAUUUUGUAAACAUUGUUUAUUUUCAAGAUGGCCGCCAUUUCCAUAGCAACCCAAAAGGCUACACUCAUAAAAUGUGUAUGGUUACUCAUGUCUCUAUAUGUUCUAUCAAGUCAUGCAUAAAGCUUUUCUAUUUAUCUGUAAAUUACAAAAAUUGAAAUUUCAUUGUGCAUCCCCCUUAAAAGCAUUUUAUAUUUAUGUGUUAAAAUUUUUUCCCAUUAUUAUCAUUAUUAUUAUAAGGUAUAUUCUAGAAACAUUAUUACAGCGUUUCUCAAACUGUGUGGUGUGCCCCCACCCCCUUUAUUAAUAAUGAGAGGGCAAAUCUGUUCCUUUCUUUUUAAGUUUAACAUUUGUAGCAUUAGCAUUACAGUUAUAAACCAAUACCUUUAUGUAAUAUUCAAGUUCAAGCAUAGAAAUGGUUUCUGUCAAAAUGAAUACAAAGUUUUUGCUGCAGAAAGUAAAAGUAGAAGAAUGAUGUUGCAGCAGACAUUGUCCAGUAAUGAUAGUCCAGCAAUCCUUUUCACACCUACAUAUGUGUGUGUGGGAUUUGAGAUAAGUGGGUGGAGGCAACGCAGAUUUUGUUAUUCAAGGAUCCUGUCGGUCCAAUGUGUUUCUUAGGGAAAUGUGUUGAAAUAUAGCUUUUACAGCUUCUCUCAUAGCGUUUACCAGGGCUCAGUAAAUAAAAAUUGAAGUCAUAGAUUUGUUCAGACUCCCAAGACUUGCUAUGACUAAAAGACUACAUAAGCAAUAGCCGAAAAUGUCAAAAAGCUUUCAAUUUACAUACUUUUUAAAAAUGUUUCUUUCUUAAAGCAUUAAUUGCAUGCCACUUUCAGUGUGGAAAUGCUUAGCCCUGCCGGAAAAGUAACGCUGCUAAAUAUAGCAUUUUAUUUCAUGUCCAGGAGAAUUCUUUGUACUCUGAGGAGUUGUUGAAAAAAAGAAUUGGUAGCAGUAGUUGCCCUUCUAUUAGUUUUCCUCUGUGAGUGCUGGUAAGUGUUUUCCAAUAAGCAAGUCUCCUAUAAGCUCAAAAUUGUCUCUCCAAGUAGCUGCUUUUGAAUGUUGUUGCCCACCAAAGAUGAAUCUCGAAUAGUCUUUUUUGUGUCAACGUUGUUUGGCAGUUGCAGCUUCGAACUUGUCUGGAAUUCUUUGUUUCUGCAUGUAGGAGUUUAUUUUUUUUUAACCUUGGUCUUGUUUGGCAAGAAGUCAACCUGUGCCUUGAAAACAUUUUGUUCUUUUAUUGAAUAAGUCUAUAUGUUGUUAGUUUAGAAGAUUGCUUUGUCCAGUGAGAUGUAGUUAACAGUAGUUUUCCCAGUAUUAAGACUUUACUUAUACUUUAGAAACACAAGUUCUUAAAAGUUUCAAACCAACACUGCCACUCUGUAGCUUGAGGGGCUGUGAGUUCCAAGUCAAAUUUCUCCGGCUGAAAACAAUAUUUAUUUUAAAAACUUGAUAACUUCAGAGGGUAAUUCCAAUGCAUUUUAUUGUGAUAGAUAUAUAAAAAGUUAAAAAACAUGUCCAUUUAGCAAGACUUUAAGAUACUCAACCAGCACCUGUAGCAUGUUGUGAACACAUUCUCAUGAGAACAUGUAACCAGAACUGUAACUGGUACAAUAAAGCACAUUCAUCACAAUGACAGUAUUACCAAUGUGAAACAAAUGAACUUAUUAAAUUAAGUGAUGUCUUUUGUUAUUCUUCAGAGUAAGACUUUUCGUACUUUCGGGCAAGAAAUGUCUAAAGCAAGAUAGAAUCAAAGUUUUUUGAAGAGGACAUUUUGAUUUGUCUUUGUCAAUGCAAUUUUCAAAUCUAGCCAUCUUUCUUGUUUCAGAAUGGUGUCAUUUUUUUUUUGACUGACUCACCAUCAUUCUAUUGAUGUCUCUUGCAUGUACAAAACAGGCCCGCAUGCUACGAGAUAUCUUGCUAAACUCCAAUAUGAUCUUAAAAGGAUCCUACUUAUUACAAACGUAUAUGUGUCUGUCAUACUUCAGUAUUGGCCCUUACCUCCCAUUCCUUAUUUAACUAUUGCUUUUUAUUUUACAAAUAAUUUCUACCUUGGACUUGUAAGGUGGAAGCCUUUUUUUGGGAGGGGGGGGGGGCAUCACUGGUAAAAGUUUGAGAAACACUGUAAUAUAAAACAUUCAUGUUCAGUAAUUCCUCUUCUCUGUGAUUGUUGGUCUGUGUUAACUAUUUUUACUUCCUUCCUAAUUGACUUGUGAUAGCAAAAUCAUAAUGUGACACUGGUCUGACUUCUUACAAUUCAGUGUCAAGUAUUGAACCUCCUACUGCUGUCAGUGUUGCCUUAGUACAGCGGCCCUGCCCGAGUCUGUUUUCCCACAGUGUAACUGUGGACAUAUUAACAAUCAGUGUAAACCACUGUACUUUAUCCACUGUACAGAUGUCUCAUUCUCAGAGCAUAAGAGUUGGACAGAUUUGUCUGUUCUUGACCACAAGUGUUAUUUCUGUUACAAGACUCAACUAAUCAUUUUCUUUUAUCCUUUUUUUAAACUCUUUCUCUCCUAACUGACGAUACCAACGUUGAUGUGGUAAACAAUUACGGAGAGAAAGUGUUAAGUAAAAAAAACACCUUUGUAGCUUAUGUUAUCUGUUUUCAAAUUCUAAACUAAGAGAGAUAGGACUUUAAAAAAAAACAAAAAAAAAAACUAUUUUAUUUUGUUAGUAAAUUAAUAAUAAUACUACUACCAAAAGAAAAAGCACUAACAAAUACAACUCUGAAUAUAAUUUUUGAAAUGUGUAUUUUAACAUCUAAGAAAUAGAACAAAGCCUUGUAAAUUGUCCAACCCUAUUUAUUGACAUAUGAGGGCUUUUUUAUAAGAAGAAUAUGAAAAUGAAAAAUGUACUCAAUUUACUAUAGUAUAUAAUGGCAAAGCAAAUAUUCUGAUUCAGAAUGAGACUGACGGUAAAAGCUUAUCUUAGACAAGAGUUUUAAAAAUUUCCUGUUAACUUCUUAUUGCUUUCUUUUGCAUUAGGGUCUAUGCAUUGUUACAGCUUUGUAUCACAUUCAGAGCUAAUGUCAGAAGGAAAUUAAAAAAAACAUACCUCAGGGCAUUUUUUUCUCCCAACUUUGUUUUGAUUUUCAUGAAUGCACCAUGUGAUAUGUACUCUGACAAAAGUGCUGUGCAGGCACCAGGCAUUGUCUCAAAGCACAAUAAUUGAUGUCAACUUCUUGUUCAUUGUUACACUUUUGAAGUGCUGAUUUGUUACUUUUCUUUCAUUCAGGACAGUGAUAUAAAAGCACACAAGGCUACGGGUGUUUAAUAAAAAAAAAAUGCUAAUGCUUUAAAUUAACUAAAUGUUUCCAGGCUUACUUUCUGUAAUGCUUAAUCAUUUCUUUCAUUUAUUUUUAACCUUCUGCUGUGUUUAAGAAAGAAUAUCUGGAAGCUAAAUAUUGUCUAAGUGUGGUGCUAAAAAAAAAACUUUUUUAAAAUUCAUAACUUGUACAACACAUCUAUGCAAUUCUCUGCCAGCUAGUGGGUAUUAUUUUAAAUUAUUAAAACUCUUUCCAUGCCAGAGAAAAAAAAACGGUUUGUUUUAAGUUAAACACUAAAAGAGUUGUGAGUUGUUAUGUCAUCAUAGGAAAGUGUUGUAAAAUGUUAUGUCAUCAUCUGAAAGAGAAACCUUUUAAAAUAAUUUAUUUGUUAUUGUAUUUAAUAAUUUAUAAGUGUGCUUUUAUAUAUAUAUAUAUAUAUAUAUAUCAGUGUCUUAAGUUACUUAUUGUAUUGCUAGUAUUAAAUAUUAUUUUAUGUUUACACUUGUUGUUAUAUGGUUUUUAUUUUGAUGCAAUUAGCAGCUUAAACAUUGAUUGCUCAACUGCAGCUUAUGUCAUAAACCACAUUGUUUAAGUACAUCUCUGCGUGUAUAAGUAUUUACUGAACAUUUGUCUUUUCAUUUCCUUACUAGUUACAUUCAUUUCAACUUUUUAAUUUAUUUUUAUCGUUUUCUUUUCUAUCCUUCUUAUUUUGCUUCUUCUCAGAUGAUUUAAAACAUAUUUUAUUAUGGUAAGGAUGGAGUCAUCUAUCUUGUGUACCUUUCACAUCUUUCAAUAAAAAUAAAUGAGUUGUGCUUAAGUAUUAAGUCAAUUUCAUUGCUCAUGUUUAAGGAUGAAUAAUAAAUAGAGAGAUUGAAUAUUUUCAUGGCCAAAUAAUUUUGUAGCGAACAAAAAUGUAAAAAUUAAGUUGUUUUUUUUUUUAAGUGAAUGUUUCUCAAGAAUAAAAACACAUUUAUUAAUAUAAAUCAGAUAUUAUUUACCCAGAAAUACUUGACAAAAUGAAACUUUAUACACUUUCUCACAGUCCCUAACAAAAACAUAAAUGAACUUGAAACAUUGAUCAAAUAGUCAAUGAAGUAGUAGAGAUUAAUUUAUUUUGGUUGAUAUCAGAAAAAGGAAUUAAUUAUUACAGUAUUCAGAUAUAUGACUGUAAAUGUGGAGUUGUUCCCCUUACGCUUUUCUUUUUUUUUUUUUUUUAAAGUAUUUUUUUUAAUAUCUUGCUUGUUGUCAAUGUUAUUUGAUUUCAGUUGCAAACCUCCAAUGAAUAAAAACUAAAAUAUAUUUUUGAUAAAGUAUUAUCUACUACAAACAAUGCAAAAAAAAAAAACUACAGUGUUUGUCAAUGCAAACAUUUUUUUGUUUGUUUCUGUCUAUGACAUUCUACAUGCUUGUCAUCCAUGGUAAUGAUGUUUGUGCAUAAUAGUUUGAUUGCACCUGGCAGUGCUAGACAGUCAACUUGUUUUUCCCUGCCAGUCUUAGAUGUGCUAUUUCACUUGCUAAAUCCUGGAUGCUUUCAACACUUUUGAUAAUUGUGUAAUGUUUUUAUUAUUAAUCCAAUUUUUAUCUUAUUUGGUAUUUGGUUCUACACUGUUUCACUUGUUCCAUAUUUUUACUUGUUUUAUGAAUACUUUAUGGAAAAAACAAUAAAUAUAUUUAUAUA